GCACAUCUUGAAGUCAAGUUUUGUUCCUUUUAUCAGUUUCAUGAGGGAUGUUUCUGUCAGCAAAAAUUGAAAAAAAAAAAAAAAACUCUCUUGUAGACAGAAAGAAAGGAAAACAAAACAAAACAAAAAGUCUGAAAAGAAGAGCAAAAGCAAAGUGCAAAGAGAGCAAAGAAGACACAUCUGCACAGUUUCUAAGCCAGAAGAGCAUGCUAGCUGGGGCUGCAGACUUUAGUCAUUCAUUUCAUCUCGUACCUUUGUGGAUUUAAUCAUUUGUGAACAUUUGAAAACCAAGCUUCACAAGCAAUAUUGCUUUUAUGUGAGUGGAGAAAAAUCAUCUCUGAGAAUCAUGACAGAUGAGGUUAGCACCACCAACACCACCAUGUAUGACUACUCAGCCUACUUCGACGGGGUUGAUUUCUUCUCCCCAUGCAGCAACACCACUAUGAAGGAAUUCAGCAAGGUGUUCCUGGCCACACUCUACAGUGUGGUUUUCAUCCUGGGUUUCAUUGGUAACGGGCUUGUGGUAUGUGUCUCAGUGAAGUACCGCAAACAGACAAGCCUGACGGACAUCUGCCUCUGCAAUCUGGCCCUGUCUGACCUUGUCUUCGUGCUCACUCUGCCUUUCUACGCUCGUUUCGUUGUGAAGCAGCAGUGGACCUUUGGGAACUUCAUGUGCCACUUCAUCUCUGGCUUCUACCAAGUCGGCUUCUUCAGCAGCAUCUUCUUCAUGGUCGUUAUGACUCUGGACCGCUACAUGCUCAUCGUGCAUGCUCACAGAGCGGCGCGCCACCACACAGUGAAGGCCGGCAUCAUGGUGGUGGCGUUGGUUUGGGUGCUGAGCCUGUGCAUCUCUCUGCCAUCCUGGAUCUUCACAAAAGUGUCGACAAACAAGUCAGGCGACGCCUGGUGCGGCGACACAAUUGACGACAAGGUCUGGAAACACUUUAACCUGGUGACAACAAACGUGUUAGGCCUCAUCCUUCCCCUGUUGGUGAUGAUUGUCUGCUACUCGAGGAUCAUCCUCAGACUGAUGAGCCUGAGGAACUUAAAGAGGCACCGCACUGUGAAGCUGAUCAUCUUCAUCAUGGUCAUCUUCGUCGUGUUCUGGGCUCCAUAUAACAUUUCGCGUUUCUUGAAGUUCCUGGACCUGUCAGACGACUGCACCUGGAGAGAGAACGUACAGCUGUCGAUAACAAUAACCGAAGCCAUCGCUUUUACCCACUGCUGCCUGAACCCCAUCAUCUAUGCCUUCGUGGGACAGAAGUUCAUGAGUCGAGCCCUGAAGAUGUUGAUGAGCUGGAUCCCGUUCUCCAGCAGGACAUCGCUGGACAGCUCGUCCAGGAAAAGCUCUGUUUCCAGAUCUUCUGACGUCACCUCCACUUUCGUCAUGUAGACUGUAGGCGAGAUGCGUUUUAUGAACAUCACUGGAAAAGUCUCUUUCCAUCUGCUGAGAUAUCAAAGCAGUUCCUACCUUGACGAUGUUCAUAUUUCCAUUUUGAGGGGUCCAGAUCGGACUGUGUCAGUUGUGACUGUAUAAUCUUGAAAAAGUUAGAGUUUUUUUUUUUUUUUCAAGAGUUAAACUACAUGCACACAUGCCAAUUUGAUCUCAAGGAAGUGGAUCAAUAAAAGUUUUCCUCUUUGGACUGAAGCCUGUCUCUUCUCAAAAUGCAUGAUUUCUGCAGCCUUCUGCAGCCUUCACAAUGCAUGAUCUCACCAAUGCAUGCUCGCAGUACAUGGCUUUCAUGGCAUUGCUUUUUGCUAGUCAGAAUGAAACUUGCAUUUAGUGGUGAAUCAUACGGCGACUUGUUGAUCAUUCAGGACAAGGAAUGAAUGUUCAAAUAGCCGCUGUUCAGUUCUGUGUCUCAGUGUUGUUUUUUUCUAUACAUAAUAAAACUGGAUGAAAAAAAAACGGCAGCUACUGCUGCUGUAAUCUUCCUUGUUAUUUUUUUUCUUUACAGAAUCUGUUUGUUGCUGCUACAAACCACAAACUUUCACCAGCUUUGAAACUUCCUGACGCGUCCUUGAUGAGCCUGCUAGCUGUAACAAAUGCAAAGAAUUUGUGAAAGCUAAAAAAACAAACAAAAAUCCUAGCAUGUAAACAUGUCACCAUUGUAUAUCCAUCACAUUUAAACAAAUGUACUGUACUACUGCUUGCGUGUUUUUAUUCUGUAUUCUUCAAUAAAUAUGAACGAGAUUUGAAAUCCUUUGAUGUGCACAUC